ACAUUUGCGGAGACAGGUUUUGGGUUCUGCCUCUGCUCUUCUCUUACUCUAUUCGUAAAUUUCAUUUCACUGUUACUACGUUUUUCACUUGUUAUUACGAUUUCGUAACUUGAUUUUAUUUCCAGUACCAAAAUCACUCUCUAUCAUUCAACUCAAUAGAUCCAUUUCUUCCACCCUAUGGCAAAUUUGUUCCACAAAUGUCGAGAGGCUGUGAAAACCCUUGCAAAACGCCCUUCUUUCACUAAGGAACCGAGACAGUUGCAAUUUGAAGCUGACAUUAACCGCUUGUUCCUUUAUUCGAGUUAUAAUCGAUUGGGGAAGAGUGCAGAUGAAUCAGAUGCUGAAAAGAUAGUUGAAAAAGCCAGUAAAACCUCUUUUGCUGAUCAAGUGGUGCAAGUGCAAGAAAAUGUUCAUUCACAAAUUAAGACAUUUUGUGCAUUGAUGGAUGAAAUUCUUCUUCCAAAUGAAGAGAUUGUGAAUGAUCCUCUUGGAUUAUCUCAACAAGCAAGCAUUUUGCCUCGCCGAAGUGGGCUUAGUUUGGCUGUGGGUAGAAGUGAUUCAUCUCCUGAUAAUUCUGCUGGCCCUCAGACAAGACCGUUAAGCCAAGCUGAAGUUUCUCAGAAAUUAAAAGAUCAACUUGGCUACACACUCAACAUUAAACCAUCUCAAAUAUCUCACAAGGAUGCCGGCCAGGGUCUUUUUCUAGAUGGUGCAGCGGAUGUUGGUUCUGUGGUGGCCUUUUAUCCUGGUGUUGUCUACUCACCGGCAUACUAUCGAUAUAUUCCAGGGUAUCCUAAGGUUUCUGCACAGAACCCUUAUUUGAUUACAAGAUAUGAUGAGAAUGUAAUCAAUGCGCAACCUUGGGGUUCUGGUGGUGACAAGAGAGAACUGUGGAAUGGUAAAAACAUUGUAGAAGUCAAGGCUGAUACGAAAGUCGCCGAAACAGGUUCAGACAGGAUCUGGAAAGCGCUAAGUAAGCCUUUGGAAGGAAACCGAGGAGACCACAGUGAAGUAAUCGAGCGAAGAAAUCCGUUAGCCUUAGCUCAUUUCGCCAAUCAUCCUUCAAAAGGGGUGCUUCCAAAUGUCAUGAUUUGUCCUUAUGACUUUCCAUUGACUGAAAACAACAUUAGAGUUUACAUCCCAAAUAUUUUGUUUGGAAAUGAUGAAGUUAAAAUGAGGAGAUUGGGCAGCUUCUGGUUCAAAUUUGGAGGGUCGAAGAAUAGUGGAUUGAACGUUCCAACGCUGAAAUCUCUUGUUUUAAUAUCUACUAGGGCCAUUCAAGACGAAGAACUUCUCCUCAACUACCGGCUGAGCAACACGAAGCGGAGACCGGAAUGGUAUUCUCCUGUGGAUGAAGAAGAGGAUAGGAGAAGAUGGAGCUAGCCAAUGCAUCAAUGACUAUAGAAUUCAAUUGUUGCUUUGUUUCAUAGAAAGCUGAUUUGCAAUCCUUAUUUCAGAAUUAUUUAUCUUACAUAGUAAGAUUUUGGUCCGUUUUUAGAGAUUCAAAAUCCAAGUCAAGGGGUUGUGCUGGAAUCCCAAGUUCAAUUAGACUGAAUAAUGAUGAAUAACAAUGAAGGCUAUGUGUGAUUAUGUUAACAUGUAUGGGAUCAAUUGUAUUUUUUCUAUAUAUUAAAUUUAGUAGCAGUAACUCGUGCAACACA